AUAUAACUCGCGUUACAGAAGGUAAAAAACUAUGUUCACUUUUUAGCUAGAGCUAUUGUGGUCGUCUAACUGUCCGGGCUGUUGUUGCGUUACGUGCUUGGCGUACUCGAACAAAAACAUUCAUUCAUUACUCUUGUUAUCGAAGUAGACAAAAAUUAAAAACAAAAUGAAAUCAGCUGUAUUAUUAUUUUGUAUUGCUGCAAUUUUUGGGUCAAGUGUGGCUUUGAAAUGUUACACUUGCGGUGGAGCAAAUACAGCAUGUGAAGUUCCAUAUCCAAAAAACGAUAACGAGUUGUUAGAAUGCGACACUAAAUCGAUUGAAGAGUUCAGUAGGCUUGUUAACAUGCUCAAAAAUCCAUCUCAACUCUUUAGUAAUAUAUUUGGUGGUUUGAAUUCAAAAAAUGACCAAUCUAACAACUUUAACAAUGAUAAAGUAUCAAACAAUGCAAUAGAAUCAAUCGGUUGCACAAAAUUGGUUAUGAAAAAUGCGGCAGGUAAAGAAAGUACUGUACGCGGAUGUGAUCAUGUAAAAACCUGCGAUACUUUGAAAACAUUACUUGGAUCUGAUUUGUAUUGCGAAACUUGUAAUAAAGACGGAUGCAAUGGAGCAGGUUCUUUACAGUCAUUCACUGUAACCAUGAUAGUCACUAUUGCUGCAACUUGCUUAUACUAUGGACUUCGUUAAGUUUUAUUUUUAUUGUUUAAAAACUAUUAAAAGUUAGGUCUCAUCGUGAAUAUUAUAAUUGAAAUGUUUUGGAUGCUAAGGAAGUAGCAAUUAACUCAAUACAUAAACAUGCAAAAUUUA